ACAAACCAUAAAAAGAAGCAACGAAAAAGCAGCAGAGAUUUUUCUUAAAAAAGAAAAAACCGAAAGAACAUCAGAAUGAAGAAGGCAGAAAUCUCCACCAUAUAAAAUACUAAAAAGUUUCCAAUCAUGAAAAAAAAUCUUUGAACUAUCGUUAAUGAUCACGAGUUGCGGUUGAACAAUGAGUGGGAUUACAGGUGCCGGUUAGCCGUUCACCCUCUACCCUUUUAUCUCUAUGUCUCUGCGUCCCCGUGUCGCGACAAAGUCAGUUUUGGAUAUUCAAAAUCGCUCUGAUGCAAUUGGUGUUGUAGUAUUUUCUCGAUCUGAUCGCGGUUUCACUCCCAACAGACCGUUCUCUUCAAUUGGUUUCGCUGAUUAUAGGUCGUGAUGAAGAAUUCUCCGGAUUGGAUUCUCUGGGGCUUCCUUUCUUGUAUGAGCAUUUGCUUUAGGUUGUGUAGUUAAGGUCCAGAUACUGUUCUUGAGACGGAAUCAAAUUUAAAGGGUAGAAAUUAGGGCUUCUGUGAUUGGAGUAAGAGCGGCUCUGCCGGAUCGCAGUUACUUUGUGGUGUGUGUACGAUAAGAGAGUGGCCAAUGAGUAUUUCAAGAUGAGUUGUGGAGUUGGAUUGCAGUGUCCAUGGGCACCCCCGACCAGAAAAUAACAGAGCUGGUUGACAUAGUGAAGUCGUGGAUCCCUCGUAGGAGUGAGCCAGCGAAUGUGUCGAAGGAUUUUUGGAUGCCCGAUCAGAGCUGUAGGGUAUGCUAUGAGUGUGACUCCCUGUUCACUGUAUUCAAUCGAAAGCACCAUUGUAGACUUUGUGGCCGAGUUUUCUGUGCCAAGUGUACAGCAAACUCUGUUCCUGCCCCAUCUGUUGAGUCAAGGACUAGUCGGGAGGAUUGGGAUAGGAUCAGGGUCUGCAAUUAUUGCUUCAAGCAAUGGGAAGAGGGCUUAGCAAGUGUUGAUAAUGGGACCCCCUGUAUGCUUAGCUCUGAUCUCAGUACAUCACCAUCUGCAGCAAGCUUGGCUAGCAGCAAGUCUAGCGGCACCUGUAACAGUAGCAACAGCACAAUCGGUGCAACUCCUUACUCCAGUGGACCGUAUCAUCGCGUGCUGAAUCGUUCUGGUGUUAGUCCUUGCCAAUCUACCCAAAUGGAUCCUGGUAUGGUUGAGCAAGACAAUAUGACUUCUAGGAGGAGCUCAAACCCCUCUGCAGCUGUAUUGAGUUCAUCACCUAACCAAUUCGGCUAUUGCAUGAACAGGAGUGAUGACGACGAUGACGAUUAUGGUGUUUAUCAUUUCGAUUCAGAAGUGAGGCAGUUUUCUCAGGCUGAUGACUAUUAUGGUGCUGUCAACGUGGAUGGAAUUGGCCACGUUUAUGAACCUGAUAGACUGCGUUUAAAUGGUGGUAACAUUGACUCAAAAAGUUUUAGUGCCUCACCAUUACCUGAUAAUUUUGAUAUGCAAGGUGUUGACAUAAUAAAAAAACCAGUGGAAGAAGUAGAUGAAAAUGGUAUUGGUGAUGAAUGCGAGGCUCCUUCUUACAAUUUGGAGGAGGCAGAUAGAGAACCUGUAGACUUUGAGAAUAAUGGGCUGCUUUGGAUCCCUCCAGAGCCAGAGGAUGAAGAGGACGAUAGAGAAGCUGUUCUUAUUGAAGAAGAUGAUGAUGAUGAGGGUGCUACUGGGGAGUGGGGAUAUCUACGCUCCUCAAAAAGCUUUGGUAGUGGGGAAUUUCGUAGUAGGGAAAAGUCAAGUGAGGAGCAUCGGAAGGCCAUGAAGAACGUUGUAGAAGGGCAUUUUAGAGCUUUGGUAUCGCAGCUUUUGCGUGUAGAAAACCUAUCUGUUGGGGAAGACGACAAGGACAAUUGGCUUGACAUAGUUACAUCUUUGUCCUGGGAGGCUGCCACACUUCUUAAGCCGGAUACAAGUAAAGGUGGAGGAAUGGAUCCUGGUGGUUAUGUGAAGGUUAAAUGCAUCGCAAGCGGGCGGCGCAGCGAGAGCACGGCAGUUAAAGGAGUUGUUUGUAAGAAGAAUGUGGCUCAUCGGCGAAUGAGUUCGAAGAUCGAUAAACCACGCUUUCUAAUCCUUGGAGGAGCUUUGGAGUAUCAACGCGUUGCUACCCACUUUUCAAGUUUUGAUACUUUGUUACAGCAGGAAAUGGACCAUUUGAAGAUGGCAGUUGCAAAAAUCGAUGCUCAUCACCCUAAUGUUCUUUUGGUGGAGAAGUCAGUAUCUCGAUAUGCUCAGGAAUACCUUCUUGCAAAAGACAUAUCACUGGUUCUGAAUAUUAAGAGGCCACUUCUAGAGCGAAUAGCUCGGUGCACUGGGGCACAGAUAGUCCCUUCAAUUGAUCAUCUGACUUCACCAAAACUAGGAUAUUGUGACAUGUUCCAUGUGGAGAAAUUUCUUGAAGAGCAUGGCAGUGCAGGACAAGGUGGGAAGAAAUUGACCAAAACACUGAUGUUCUUCGAGGGUUGCCCAAAGCCUUUGGGUUGUACUAUUUUGCUGAAGGGUGCCAAUGGGGAUGAAUUGAAGAAGGUGAAACAUGUUGUUCAAUAUGGGGUCUUUGCGGCCUAUCACUUGGCUCUUGAGACAUCUUUUCUAGCUGAUGAAGGAGCCUCACUUCCGGAACUUCCUCUGAAGUCUCCAAUAACAGUUGCAUUACCUGAUAAGCCUUCCAGUAUUGACAAGUCGAUUUCCACUAUACCUGGUUUUACUGUCCCGGCCAGUGGAAAGUCGUCAAGUUCACAACCCAUCGCUGAAUUCCCGAAAUCUAAAAAAGAUCUCAUUUCGGAUACAGCCUCAUUUACCUAUACUGAUUCAGUUUGCAAACUGGAAGCUUCUCUUUCUGCCAGCUUAUCUAAAGGACAGGACAUCUUGGGGUCUCGCCAUAAUGAACUCUCCUCAGACCAUAUGUCUGGAGUGGAUGCUGAAGUGGAUCCUAAAGAGUCUUUUCAGUCCAAAACAACCAAUUUGGUGAAAAAUGUGGCAGAUGAUCAUUUAGUUUCUAGUUAUUUUGGCAGUCCAGAGACAUUUGGAGAAGGUAUUGCUAGUGGUUAUGCUGAUGGAAACACGUUUGCUGCAAAUCACCAUUCCACUCGAGAAUUGUCAUCCUUAAGGCAAGAUAGUAAUAGUAACAAUGAGGAAAUGGGAUCCUCAAAGGAAGAGUUUCCACCCUCACCUUCUGAUCAUCAGAGCAUUUUAGUUUCCCUAUCAACACGAUGUGUCUGGAAAGGAACUGUGUGUGAACGGGCACAUCGGUUUCGAAUCAAAUACUAUGGGAGCUUUGACAAGCCUUUGGGGCGGUUUUUACGAGAUGAUCUGUUUGAGCAGAGCUACCGCUGCCGUUCAUGUGAUAUGCCAUCAGAAGCACAUGUGCAUUGUUAUACUCAUCGGCAAGGGAGCCUUACCAUUUCUGUUAAGAAGCUCCCUGAGUUGCCUUUACCUGGGGAGCGUGAAGGUAAAAUCUGGAUGUGGCACAGGUGCCUGAAAUGUCCUCGCAUCAAUGGAAUCCCUCCAGCGACUCGGAGAGUAGUGAUGUCUGAUGCUGCCUGGGGUUUAUCUUUUGGGAAAUUUUUGGAGCUAAGUUUUUCUAAUCAUGCAGCUGCUAGCAGGGUAGCAAGCUGUGGUCAUUCUCUUCACAGAGAUUGCCUCCGGUUUUAUGGUUUUGGGAAAAUGGUUGCAUGCUUCUGGUAUGCUUCAAUUGAUGUUCAUUCUGUUUAUCUGCCACCUCCAAAAGUUGAAUUUCACUCUGACAAUCAGGAAUGGAUACAAAAAGAGGCAAAUGAGGUGUGUAAAAUGGCAGAACUCCUGUUUACUGAAGUAUACAAUGCUCUUAAUCAGAUUUUGGAGAAAAGAUCAAGUGCAGGGUCUGAGGACGGUGACUUGAAAUCACCUGAAUCUAGGCAGCGAAUAACAGAGUUGGAGGAGAUGCUACAAAAGGAUAAACAAGAGUUUGAGGAAGCAUUACGGAAGGUGCUGUUCGGGGAAGUGAAGGCUGGUCAACCUAUAAUUGAUAUUCUUGAGAUCAAUAAAUUGCGGAGGCAGAUUCUCUUCCAUUCUUAUGUUUGGGACCAGCGCUUAAUACAUGUAGCCAGUUCAAAAGGUAACAUCCAGGAACGUCAGAGGAUUUGCAUUCCUAAACUCGAGGAGAAACCUAGUAAUACUGUGGAGAAGCUUGCCGAAAUGAGCGUGACUACCAAGCCAGGUAAAGGCUUUAGUAGUUGUGACUCAUUCUUGUCAGAUACAAAGUCCGAUUUAAACUCUAAUGAAGGCAGAAAUGCCGGCCACAUUAGCCAGUCUUCUGGGGAUUCAAUUCAACGGAACGACACCGAGGAAUGCCUUUCUUCUAUAGAUUUUAUCAGUUAUAAACCUGAUGCUUUGGAAUCUGGAAAAGUCGUAAGGAGGGCUCUCUCAGAGGGGGAGUUUCCAAUUAUGGAAAGUUUAUCUGAUACCCUUGAUGCUGCAUGGACUGGUGAAAGUCACACUACAAGUAUCACAGCUAAAGAAAAUGACUCUUCAGUUCCCAAUUCAACCAGCAUAGAUUCUUCAACUGUGUCAAAUCCAGUGACUGCGAAUCUAGAUUUGGAGACUUCUACCGUGGGCAAAGGUGGGAUUGAGGCAACUCAUUCUCUUGGCUCAACAUUACUCACCAAGGAGACUGACUCUAUGGAAAACUCUGCAAGCGGCGUGGGCACAUUGUUUCUUAAUUUCCCUAGCUCAUUUAGCAAAAAUUAUUUGCUGAUUGCUCAAAAGCUUGGUAUUAGCGAAUACAAUCCUGUCUAUGUCUCAAAGUUUAGGGAGUUGGAAAGGCAAAGCGGUGCCAGGUUGCUUCUACCUGUUGGUGUCAACGACACUGUUGUGCCUGUUUAUGAUGAUGAGCCCACUAGUGUUAUAGCAUAUGCUCUUGUCUCAUCAGAAUAUCAUGUCCAGAUGUCUGAACUAGAGAGACCAAAAGACGGUAGUGAUUCUACUGCAACUGCAUCAUUGCCUCAUUUUGAUUCAGUGAGUCUGCUCUCACUCAACUCUCCUGAUGAGGCAGCAUUUGAUACCUAUAGAAGCUUUGGAUCUAAUGAAGAGAGCAUUUUAUCCAUGUCUGGGACGUGGAGCUCCUUUGUGUUGGACCCACUUCUGUACACUAAAGAUUUGCAUGUCAGAGUCUCUUUUACAGAUGAUAGCCCUCUUGGAAAGGUGAAGUAUUCAGUGACCUGUUACUAUGCAAAGCGGUUUGAUGCUUUAAGGAGGACUUCUUGUCCUUCUGAACGAGAUUUCAUACGAUCACUUAGUCGUUGUAAGAAGUGGGGAGCCCAGGGCGGCAAGAGCAACGUUUUCUUCGCGAAAACCCUGGACGAUCGAUUUAUCGUCAAACAGGUUACAAAGACAGAGUUGGAAUCAUUUAUCAAAUUUGCUCCUGCUUACUUUAAAUACUUAUCAGAGUCAAUUAGUACAAGAAGUCCGACUUGUCUGGCAAAGAUCCUGGGUAUUUAUCAGGUCUCGUUGAAACAUCUUAAGGGAGGGAAAGAAUCGAAAAUGGAUGUUUUGGUCAUGGAGAAUUUAUUAUUUAGUCGUAAUGUUACUCGGCUCUAUGACCUCAAAGGUUCUUCACGGUCACGGUACAAUCCAGAUACAAGUGGGAGCAAUAAAGUUCUCCUAGAUCAGAAUUUGAUUGAAGCAAUGCCAACCUCUCCAAUUUUUGUGGGCAAUAAGGCUAAACGGUUGCUAGAAAGAGCUGUCUGGAAUGAUACUUCAUUUCUGGCUUCAAUUGACGUGAUGGACUACUCAUUGCUGGUGGGCGUGGAUGAAGAAAAACAUGAGUUGGUUCUUGGGAUUAUUGAUUUUAUGAGGCAAUAUACAUGGGACAAACACCUUGAAACUUGGGUGAAGACCUCUGGAAUCCUUGGUGGGGCUAAGAACACUACUCCAACUGUUAUAUCUCCACAGCAGUACAAGAAACGGUUUAGGAAAGCUAUGUCUACUUACUUUAUUAUGAUGCCAGAUCAGUGGUCUUGCCCUACAAUACUUCCCAGCGGAUCCCAAUCGGACCUUGGUGAAGAAAAUUGAGGUGGGUAAUUUUUUUUAGUGAUUCCGUGUAAAGCUGUUCUUGUAUAUGCCAAGAUGUAAUUUAAAUGCCAUUUCUUUUAUUUAUUUAUUUAUUUUUUGAUUUACAGCUCUUCUUUCAUCCCCUUGUAAUUUUUUAUGGCUACCUCAUAUAUUAUCUUGAUAAUGCAGGUUUGUUCUUUGUUUUUCUUAUAA